UUUACCGAUACAGAUGUGCAGAUGCUGCUCAAAUGGGUCUCGGACAACCGGGAAAAGGCGGGCGACAACAUGCUUUUUCAAGAGAAGCAUUACGACGAGCUGGCUACAAGCCUUAACACGACUUGCACCAAGGGGAAACAGAAGUCAGCGAGGUCGUGCAAGAACAAAUGGCAGGCCGUGUGUUUUGUGUGCUUGUGCCGUUUGUUGCUCGUUCUGACUUUACGUCACAUCGAUCCUCACACCGGCGCCCAUGUUACUGCGGAAUCAGAUGCACCAUGGCGGGCCUAUUGCAAGGUAUGCCAUACAGAAAAUAUCUCGAUGGCUCCUUUCCGAAAUAAGGGCUGGGAGUGGUGGGAGGAUAUGAUUGCGCUUAUGCCCACUCGUGUCCGCGGAGCAAAUGUC